AUGGUGGCGAGAGCCGUGCCCGGUACGUCGACCGCUGCACAGCAGCAGUGCAGGAGGCGACGGCAGAAGGCAGCGGGGCAGCCGUGCCGGCGGAGGCGGCGCAAGACGCAAAAAAUCAACCAGCUGAUUAAGCAAGCGUUGUCGGCUCGCAAGCCGUGCGGCGGCUUGUCGCUGUCGUCGUUGCGGGCGGCGCUGCUCGCCAACGGCUACGACGUGGAGGAGAACCGCCCACGCUUGCAGAUGGCCAUUGGGCGGGAACGGCGGCGGCGGCGGCAGCAACAACAGACGCCCCGUGGCCGGGGGACAGACGCGGCGGCGACUACUGGCUGCCUUCGCGGUGGCCGCAGUCAGAAGGCCGGGAAGCAGAUGCGCAGAAGCCCGUCCCGCACCCGCGAUCGUUCGCCGCCCAAGAAGAAGCCCACCAUCCGGAAGAAAGGCCACUGCAAGAAGCCGACGGCCGGCCGGAAGCGGGGCAAAGCCGCCCUUAGAGACACCAGGAUCAGAUCCGUGAAAUAA